CCCCGGCCGCCGCCGCCGCAGUCGCGGCGAUGCCUAUUUUAGUCAAAGCCGCGGCGGGCGCUGGGACCUGCCCGGGGCUACCCAGUCUCCGAAACCGCCUGCGGGCCGAGGCUCCUGCUUUGGGCGCCCGUCGAGCCGCUGCGUCGCUGUUCCGCUGCCCUGCCUUUCCAUCGCCAAACUUUGGCCAGCGACGCCCGGGCUCCGUGCCGGGGACAAACCAGGGGCAGUUCAACAUAAGACAUUUAAGUCCACUCAGUAGUAAUCAACAUAAGCUGAAACCCAUAAGAUCCCAUCAAUAUUUAAUGACAAGUGGAAUUUUCAACAUGAAUUUUACAGAGUCCAGCCCUCUGGCAGAAUCAACUGCAAUAGGUUUUACACCUGGGUUAGAAAGUCUCACACCUGUGCCUUCCAAUGAGACCACUUGUGAAAACUGGAGAGAGAUACAUCAUCUAGUUUUUCAUGUGGCAAAUAUUUGUUUUGCAGUUGGUUUGGUUAUUCCAACUACUCUUCACCUUCAUAUGAUAUUUCUUAGAGGGAUGUUAACUAUAGGUUGCACCCUUUAUAUCGUCUGGGCCACUCUCUACCGAUGUGCCUUGGAUAUAAUGAUCUGGAACUCUGUGUUCUUGGGUGUCAACAUUUUGCAUCUUUCAUAUCUUUUAUACAAGAAAAGACCGGUCAAGAUUGAAAGGGAACUCACUGGCAUCUACCGGCGAUUAUUUGAACCACUCCAUGUGCCUCCAGAUUUGUUCAGAAGAUUGACUGGACAGUUUUGCAUGAUCCAAACCUUGAAAAAGGGGCAGACUUAUGCCGCAGAGGAUAAAACCUCAGUUGAUGACCGUCUGAGUAUUCUCCUGAAGGGAAAAAUGAAGGUCUCCUAUCGAGGACAUUUUCUGCAUAAUAUUUACCCCUGUGCCUUUAUAGAUUCUCCUGAAUUUAGAUCAACUCAGAUGCACAAAGGUGAAAAAUUCCAGGUCACCAUUAUUGCAGACGAUAACUGCAGAUUUUUAUGCUGGUCAAGAGAAAGAUUAACUUACUUUCUGGAAUCAGAGCCUUUCCUGUAUGAAAUAUUUAGAUAUCUUAUAGGAAAAGACAUUACAAAUAAGCUGUAUUCAUUGAAUGAUCCCACCAUAAAUGAUAAAAAGGCCAAAAAGUUAGAGCACCAGCUCAGCCUUUGCGCACAGAUCUCCAUGCUGGAAAUGAGGAACAGCAUAGCCAGCUCUAGCGACGGGGAAGACGGUUUACACCAGUUUCUGCGGGGCUCCUCCAGCUUGUCUUCUCUUCACGUGUCUUCCCCACAGCAUCGAUCUUCUACCAAGAUGAAGCCCAUAGAGGAAGGGGUGGAGGAUGAUGACGAGGUCUUUGAACCAGUGUCUCCAAACACAUUGAAAGUUCAUCAGCUGCCUUGAUCAGAAUUCAACUUACCCAGGUGGAAACUGUCCUGAAGAGAUCAUGAGAAAAUACCAGCACUUUUUCAUGGCUUUUAGAUUAUUCUACUUCACUGCACUAAAGCUGGCACAGUCUGAGGGCAGGAAAGUGAGAAAUGGUCAAAGAUAGAAAAGUCAUUUUUCCUGUCCUUUUUAUUCGUCAGCUUUUUUAAGUUUUAUUGAGCCUUCUGUACUAAACCUCAUUCUAUUUUGAGAUAGAUAUUUUCACAGUAUUUUCUAGAUACAGCAUAGUAUUGUUUUAACUGUUAAAAUCUUAGGGCUCCAGUGCAAAUGCUUUUUCACUUAUUUUUCCAAGUUGCAUCUUAUUUUCCUCAUGGAGAAUUUUUUUUUCUCUACCAUGGCAAUCUAAAAUAGGUUGUCCAUUUGAUAAUUUUAAUAAAUGAUAUAAGUUGAAAUUAAGGGUGAGGUCAUGUUAGAAAGCAGGGAAUGGUUUGCUUUGCUCAAUUGAUUUUUUUAUGGGAAAUUUUAGAGAAAGAUGCAAUUCGACUGGUUUUCUUUUUCUCCCAGGCUAGAAGUGUUCCUUCACUAGAUUACAUUACUCAUUUGAGCACUGUAAAUAGCUCCAUAAUGACCAAACUCAUCUGAGUGAACUCACAUUGCCCUUAUAUUAUGCCAUGUAUCUGCUGGUCUGAAACCUGAAGCUGGAAUGAUAAUAAACAGAAGCAUUUCUGAGCUCAGCAUCAUAUUCAGCUCAACUCGGCCUCCUUGCAAUUUGGAGCCAUCUUGCACCAAACCACUGGAUAUAGAAAUGCUUUACUUGCAGGGAAUUGAGGGAAGUCAAGUGGCUGAGCAAGGUCCACGGGAUAAGGUAGUGGAGGUCAGCUUCCUUCUUUGGUCUGCUUCUGGAGUGUCAUGUUGUUCUCUAGAGGCCAGAUACUCAGUCCCAGAGCUGUGGACUAUGAAUGCAGCUGUGGGGUACAUGGUUCACCUCAGGUCAUGCUAUGGAUGCCCACCCAACCUAGAGGGCCUCUGGGGGCCUUGAUUCCACAUCUCACCUUUCUGCUAGAAUCAUAUUUCAGCCAACAGUUAUAUUUAGCUGGUGGGAAAUGACUUGCUUAAAUAGUCUGGUUAUUGUGUCUGUGGCACGUGGCCAGGCCACUCAGUUGAAUGAGGCCCGUUGAUUGGCUAUGCUAGUUGCAUCCCAUUCAUGUUUUUUUCUCACUUCCUAGAACCAUCCCCAUCACAUUAAAUAGCUAAGCAAAGUUCCAAAUGAAAUUAGCUUCAGGUGAACCGAGCCCAAAACAGUAUCUCUUGCCAUGAGGUGACUUCUGUUAGAGAACUAAAGGAAAUGAGCCAGUCUAGGGCCACCUCAUUUUCCUACAUCCAUUUCUUUGAAGCUAGGUAUUUUAUAUUUCACUUGAGUUAAAUUUACAUGCUAGGUCACUCCUUGAGGACAUUGACAGCUCCAGCUGUGUCCUCUAGCUCCUGACACCUUUAUCAAAUACUAGCUCAUUCAUGUCAGAGUGAAAGGGCCGACUUCUCUUUACUAGUAUGGCAGUCUCUUCAGUGUUUUAAGUUAAGAAUUUAUUUUGGAGAAAUGAAGCCGUGGUGAAUGGUGUACUUGGCCUUGGCUUUAAGAUUGGAGCCAUUUAUUAGACUGAACCAUCUCUUUAUGAUCUGAGAGCACACACACACACACACACACGCAACUAUGAUGUGAUCAUGUAGGUGCUGCUUUCCUUUAACCACUGGAGUGAGGUCAGGUAGUGCAUUUAGUUUACACAUGCAUAAGACUAAUUUGCAAAAUCAUUCUGUAGAGUAAUUAGAUAUGACAUCCUUCCCUGAGGACAAAGUAAUUUUAGAUUCUGCUGCAGCUACAUUUUAAAUGUUCUAUGGAUCCAUGGAAACUUGUAGUUUUCUUACCCUGACCCAUCUUCUGACUGGCUCAUCUCACUUUGUUAACCCCAAGUGACAGAGAAGGUCAUCUCUAGUGAACAGCCUUGUUGUGUUUUGCAGGUUAUUUUCUAUAGUGCUGGGAGCAAAACUGUUUUUAAAGCACACUGCUAAAAGUAGGUGAUAUAAAAAGAAAAGAAAAUUUACUGUUUUGCUAAGGUGUGUAUGUGUGAAAGAGACAGAGAGAGAGAGGCUCUCUAGAUAAGACUGUAAUGUCAAGGUAGAAGAGCCACUUAGCCUGAAUAGAGAACAUGAAACUAUUUUUAAAUGCAUACUGCCAAGGAAAACAAUGAGAUUCAGAGAAAAGGAGCCUUAAGCAAGACAUUGAAUAGGCCUCCCAUAUGGACUUGACUGCAAGUUAGCAGAUAAGAAAACAGAAAAGAAUAUCAAGUGUAAAACCUCCUAUGGAUGACUUUAAAUUCAUUCAUAUAAAUGAACAACUGUAUCUUUGUGUAACACAUAAAUACAUAGAUAAAAACAUGUUUGCUGCCAAAGUCCCCAAUAGGAUGCUUCCAGUGUUUUUGGCAUUUACUUAGCUAUGUGAUCAAUGUUCUGAAAAUGGCCUGAAAAAAUUAUUCUAUAUAUAACCCUGAAUCUAUAUUUAAAUAUAGCAUCGAGUCAGUUGUAUGAAUCUAGAAUGUAAUUAUACUAGAAUCUGUCAUUUAAAAUAUUUUGAGAUCCCUCCGAAAUAUUUAUAUUUAUAAAAAGAAUAAGAUAGCAAAGAUACUAUAUAACUCCUCUAUGAUGUUUAUCUAAUAUCUUAAAUUAGUAAUAAUGGGUGCUAUAUGAUUAUAUUUCAGUCACUCUCCUUGGUUUUUUGGAGUCUUUUCCAUUUCUCUCAUCACUCAGUUUCAUUUUAACCAUGGGUCACAUUUUGUGCUAGGAGCUACCAGUUUCUGCCUCUUAGGUCCUAUCAUGGCCCCAAAGACAGUCAUUUGACUGCCGUUCCUUUAUGGAAAGCUGAUGUAACCUACACACUGCCAUGUCCCCAGUACACCCAGAUAAAGAGGCAGGUGCCUGCAGUAAAAUUCCAUGCUACUGUGUGGUGGCUCCCAGCCAACCACAUGGCCUCAGCCUCAACCCUUGGGAAAGUGAUCUCUUCCUCUUUGCAAACCCCAAGGUGCAGCUCCAAGGAUUUGCUUUUUUUUUUUCUUCCCCCUUUAAUUUCCCUGGUCAUUUCUUAAGCUACUGUAUAGAAACCUUUGACCCUGCUACACCUCAGUUUCUUCUCCCUUUUCCCUUCCCAACCCUGGUUUUCCAACCUCAUUUUCUAACUGUUACCAACUAGAGCAAUUAGAAUUCCCACCUACUCAACUCAGAGUAGCAAGGAUUCAGUGGGGUGUUAUGAGGGGACUGGGGGCCGAGGCAUAUGCACUGCCCUGAUUCUACUCCUCCAAAGACAGCUCUCACUGACGUAGCCAUGAUUGACCACAGAGCCCAACACCUUGUGUGUAACACUGGUGUGUCAUAAACUCAAGAAGUCUGCGUCUAAGUACUAUUUGCAGGGUUUUCUGUUAUCCUUACAACAUAGUUUUAAAAUACGUGAGGAUUUUAUGAGUGCUUUAUACAGACACAUUAUAGCAAAGUGUUUUUAGGUACCAUUUACAUUGAUAACAUUAUAAUAAGAAUAUGUUAUGUCUGAAUACAGACUUAUUGUUUAAAAUGUCUUCAUAUAUUGCUACUCGAUCAAAUAAAUUUCUUAGAAAAUG